AUGCCGGGCUUCAGUAUGGCUGGCACCGUUGAGGAUCGCCUUUUUCGACGAGAACUCGGGAAUAUUACCUCCUCGUAUGUCAAACCACGAGGCAUAUAUGGUUCAAAGAGCUUCGUGCAAGACCUUGAUAUCAUCAAUGAGUUGAACGGACAUAGCGGCUGUGUUAACGCCCUGAGCUGGUCAAAAUCAGGUCGAUUGCUUGCAUCUGGUUCUGACGAUCGUGUAAUCAAUAUCUACAGCUACCUACCUGACUACGCCAACGCUCAGUUCGAUCUUUCCACCCAAAUAGACACCGGACAUACGAGGAACAUCUUCUCUGUCAAGUUUAUGCCUCAUUCCAACGAUCGCACCAUUGUCUCUGCCGCUGGAGACGCACAGAUUCGGGUGUUUGACAUAGAGAGAGCCGCGGUCUUUGACGGAACAAGAGCUCGGCUAUCGCAAAAUCAGGCAAAUUGCAAAGUCUUCAGAUCACACAGCGCUGCAGUAAAGAGGAUCGUAACAGAAGCCUCGCCAUUCUAUUUUCUGAGCUGCGCUGAGGAUGGUGAUGUGCGACAGUGGGAUAUUAGACAACCAGAGUCGGCAUAUCCUCGCUCGGCAAGCAGGUACUACGUGAACAGACAUGGCCGCUCUAAAGACCAUGCACCUCCUCCUCUCAUAUCGUAUGGAGAUUACAACAUUGAUCUGAUGACAAUCUCAUGCUCUCCAAGCCAACCACAUUAUAUCGCUCUGGGUGGUACAGCCUUACACUGCUUCCUUCAUGAUAGACGUAUGACAGGAAGGGACAAAUUCAACGAGAGAGGGAGUACCCCUGCGGAUGAAAAUGAACUGGCAGAGGCAACACGAUGUGUUCGUAAAUUUGCUCCCUAUGGUCAGCCGAAAAUGAGGCGGUCGGAUCCAAAGUCGAUUACAGCAUGCAAAAUCAGCGACAAUAACCCGAAUGAGCUUAUCGUAAGUUGGAAUGGGGAUUUCAUAUACAGCUUUGAUAUUAUGAGGGAUUACCAAAACCCAGAAGGACAUCAAGGGUUCUCCAGUGGAGCGAGGGGGAGUCGAGCGAAACAUAGAGAUCGUAAAAGGAAGAGGAAAGAAGCAAGCACGUCAGGGUUAUCACAAUUGGGCGAGGCUCGUGGGAGCUCGCAUCCGCGGACCGAGAGUGGAACGAGUGGCGACAGACAAGAGCUGUCCCUUCUGCUACAAAUGGAGGGUGGCGAAAGUGUAGAGAUACCCCUUACAGGUCGAGCAUUUUCAGGUUCGCGACUUACACGUUCGCAACCGAGAGAGCGCUCUCAAGGAGAAGAAAUCGCGCAGCAGGUCCGCCAAGUUCGAAACAUGUUAUUCAACGUCUCUCAAACAACACAUUCCUUCUUCCAACCGGACACAGAGCCUGAUGAACCAACCGUGGUACGAAACAGGCUAGAUCAAGUACUAUCUACAAGCUUGAAGUUACUCGAACAGGUCGACAAGCUCAUCAACCAGUGGACGUAUCCAAUAACUGAAUCAAGCAACCAAAUUGCUUUCCAGAAUAAGCUUCGGGAAGAUCGUGCAAAGACUUGGCGUUUUGUGCAAGCAUGCGGUACCAUUGCCCGCGUAGCGUCUCGAAAGCCUACUGCGACCUGUCCUCGACGUGUAUUAGAGCUCUUCGACAUGAUUAAACCAGCGCCAAGGGAAUCGGCCAUGCCUCUCGAGAGACAUGAACAAUUUGGCUAUGACUUCAUCAAAACAGUGCUGUUGUGGUUGGAUAGCGGAGUGGGUGCAGUCCUACGAGGGUUCACACACGAUCCCGACGAUCCAAACAUGUCGUACAAGAGGAGACACCCGGUUUCUCUGGACGCAGAUGUUGACGCAAUUGACUUAGAGCUGAUACCAUACUUGCAUCGACUUGCGAGUGAAAACGCCGUCGACGACCUGGAUGACGAUUCACAACAAGGAUAUAUAUUCAGAACAGAGGUCGAUGCUGUAAACUCUUUGUCAAGGGCUAUGAGGAUACCAUUCGCCGAUCUGGCAGGCCGUUCUGCUGAAAUGGACGGGCAAGGCCGGGCGUUGACGCAAGAUCGAGAGACAGCAGUUAAAUUCUGGGCGUAUAGGGUCUGUCGUGCUGUGCUUAAGAAUGCAGCUAUCGAUGUCACAUACAGCUUGGUGGACACAGCAUUUGGCGAAUUCGUGGAUAUGUCUAAUAGAGAACAUGAGACUGGAACGGAUGGAUCGUCUGCUGUUGUUACCGAGGAAGAUGAGGAAGAAGUAGCACAUGAAAAUGAGAACAUUGGCGAUGGCAACGUCUUGAACGCGGACGAAAGCAGUGACAAUGACGAAGGGUCCUCUGAUGAUGAAGACGAUGAAGACGACGAUGAUGACAAUGACGAAGAGUCUCCGUUUUUGCUUGGUGGUCCCCGCACAGCGCGAUCAAAGAUGACAGCUGGGAAAAAUGUCCCGUGUCUGACGCACACAAAUCGAUACGUUGGACAUUGCAAUGUUGAGACAACGAAGGAUGUCAAUUUCUACGGUUUGCAGGAUGAGUACGUAAUAUCCGGUUCAGAUUGUGGAAAUUUCUUUAUCUGGGACAAGAAGAGCACAAAGUUGCUGAAUAUCCUAGAGGGCGACAAUGAGGUUGUCAAUGUGGUGCAAGGACAUCCUUACGAGCCUAUGAUAGCAGUCUCGGGAAUCGACAGUACCGUAAAAAUAUUUGGAGUUGACGCAAGAGCAAGGAAGGAUGCUGCGUUAGGAAUUGGAAUUGAGGAAGUAGAUCGAUCUAGAUUCUCAUCCAUAGGGCUGAGAGGGCGUCGAGAACGUCUGAGGCGCCAGAGAGAUAGACUAGCAGAUGAGGAGGUCCAGAGAAACCAAAUGCCUAAUUCUGCUUUUGAUCUUCCGGACGAGCCGGCGACAACAAGUAAAUCACCACUAAUCACAUCUGAGCCUGCUCUCCCACCCCAGCAAGAUGAUGAUGCAGAACCUCCUUGGUAUGAAGAUGAGGAGUUAAUCAAAAGUAAACAUGGCCUCCAAAGCCGGCGAAGAAUACAGGAUGAAGAUCGUAUUGUAAGUACGAAUGACAUGGAUCGCCGGCGAGGGGCUCGCCAGGGCGGAUUUAUUACUAGGAGCAUGCUGGCUAUGCUUGCGCAGCAUAUGCGUGCCCAUGCUGGCGGAGGCGACGAUGAGGGUGAAGAUGUCGAUCCUGAAAACUGUGCUGUUAUGUGA